ACAUACAGUGCGGCUUAUCCUGACGGUGACACGGGAAUGUCCUCUGACGUCUUGUGCGCUCCGGGUAUGUGAGAAGGAUUAUCUUAUUAGUUGAACGUAAGGUGAGCUGAACACAAAGCCGUCGCCGAAGCCCCUGAGGGGAACUCUCACUUUGGGUUGAUGUGAAAGACUUUGAAGAACUUCUCCCUGGAGGCUUUUCCAAUCUCGACAUGUCUCUCAAACAAUCAGAGGGCGUGUCCAUCGCCCAGGCUUUGGCUAUGACUGUAGCUGAGAUACCAGUCUUUCUGUAUUCCACAUUUGGGCAGUCGAUAUUUUCCCAGCUAAAGCUUUCCCCAAGUUUGAAGAAAGUCCUGUUUGCUACAGCCCUCGGCAGUGUGGCUUUAGCUCUUACUGCCCAUCAGCUGAAAAGGCGAGGGAGAAAAAGGAAGCAGGCAGCACAAGCGAAGGAAGGCCAGAGAGUAGUGGGAAUACCUGAAGCGCUGCUGAAGACAGGAAGACCAUCAUCGUUAAAAAGAGGUCCAUUUACUGGUCGACAAAUGAUGAGCCCCAGCUCCCGUAGCAACGACACCAUGAGUGGUAUUUCCUCCCUGGCUCCCAGCAAACACUCCAGCUCCUCACAUAGCCUGGCAUCUACUCGAGUCCCAAAUUCUCCAAACCAGUCCGCUAAUCCACUCACCCCCUUGGAGGCCCAGUUGGUGAUGGAAGAAACGGGGACAGUAGAAGAUGCAAACGCAGAAAACCUGUAUUUGAUGGGGAUGGAGCUGUUUGAGGAAGCGCUACGAAAAUGGGAGCAAGCCCUUAACAUUCGUCAUCACACCCAGUCAACCUCCAGCAACAACAGCCUCGCCCUGCAGGGGGCGGCAUGCAGUGAAUCUCCCACGGCUGAAACACAUAACAAAGUGUUAGCUGAGAAGCUGGAGACGCUGCUGCACAGGGCGUACCACCUGCAGGAGGAUUUCGGCAGCGGCAUCCCUACAGACAGUGUGCUGGCAGAAUUCGAGAGUGAAGGGACUCUUAUCCUGCCACAAGUGGAGAGUUUCUACAGACUGCAAGAUGACGACGCGACCACCGUUAGCUCUGAUGACUCCUUUUUCUCAGCUGCAGAGAUCUUUGAUAACAUGACUCUAGACGAGCUCUACCCGCCCAUGAGGCCGGCAGCUCUUUAUGAAGAAGCCUUAACUCUGGUCCAUGAAGGCAAAGUCCCGUAUAGAUCUCUGAGAACUGAAUUGCUUGAAUGUUACGGUGACCAAGACUUCCUCGCCAAGCUUCACUGUGUGAGACAAGCAUUCCAGGUCCUUUUGCUAGAUGAAAGUCACCGCACAUUUUUUAUGGAGACCGGGAAGCAGAUGAUUGUCGGGUUGAUGGUAAAGGCAAACAAGAGCCCCAAAGCGUUUCUGGAAAGCUAUGAAGACAUGCUGCUUUACACUCAGAGGGAGGAAACGUGGCCCGUUACAAAGAUGGAGCUGGACGGUCGAGGGGUGGUGUGCAUGAACUUUUUCGACAUUGUGUUAGAUUUCAUCCUAAUGGAUGCGUUUGAAGAUCUCGAGUGCCCUCCCUCUUCUGUCGUGGCCGUGCUGAGGAACCGCUGGCUGUCUGACAGCUUUAAAGAGACGGCUCUGGCAACGGCUUGCUGGUCUGUCCUAAAAGCAAAAAGGCGUCUUCUUAUGGUUCCGGAUGGGUUCAUCUCCCACUUUUAUGCCAUAUCGGAACAUGUUAGCCCGGUCUUAGCGUUUGGGUUUUUGGGGCCUCGUCAGCAUCUGAGUGACGUUUGCACGAUUUUCAAACAACAGAUCGUCCAGUACCUUAAGGACAUGUUUGAUCACGACAAGGUCCGCUUCACCUCAGUGCAGUGUCUGGCUGAGGACAUCCUGAAGCUUUCCCACAGGAGGAGUGAGAUCCUACUGGGGUACCUGGGCAUAGACAGCCUUCUAGAUCUGAACGGUGCCCUCCCCAGAGGCAUCGAGGCCUCCCCAGGUGCCAGCUAGGGUCUUCAUUUGGCUAACAUGUAUGGAGGACAAGGAAAAAAGCAACUCUUGGACUUUACAAGUGUGGAUUCCAGCUUCUGUGAUGCGCCGAGAACCGGCAUCAUUCGUCUGCGUUCGCCCGACUCCUCUGCUGCUCCGGUCCUGGUACGAAUGAGUGAAGCCGUUCGGAUCACGUGAUCCCACCCUUCCCUUUUGUUGCUGCUUUGUUGCAUCUCGAGAAUGCAGACCAUAAUCAUACAUAAUCGCAGACGUGUGAGGACUUGCCUCUGCCUUGUUGAGUAAUUGUAAGAAAAACAAGUCACUUCCAACUUCAGCCUUCUGCAACCGCCCUUCACGAGACCAGCCUUUAACGUGUUUAUCAUGGAAGCAGAUGGAAUUCAUUAGUUCUCCCUUUUAAAAAAAUAGACAUGUUUUAUACUGUUAACGGAAGGAAAUGUGUUAAAUUGAUCAAAUUAUUAAGUUUCAUGUACAAAUGAAGGUUCGGUUUUCCCUCUUAGAUGCUUUGUUUUUUUCUAUUUUGAUAUCAUUUUAAAGAAAAAUCUGUUUGAAGGAACACCUGAGACAGUCUCCCAGCAGACUCAGAAGGUGAUAUGUACCUUGAAAUACGUCAAUGUGUUCAACUUCUGGGCUUAAAUUCUCCAACUUGCUGUGAUUUAAAUGGGACCUCUUUUCUACCUCUGAGGUUUUAAAGAGCAUCCUUUAUAACUGAAGUCAAUAUCUGUUUUUUUUUAUGUCACUUCAACCCAUUUAAUGUUUAUUGAAACUUCACGUGAAGACAUUUGCUUGUGCAGGUUGUCAAUGUUUUCAUCAAGUUGUCUGGUUAAAAAAAAGAAAAGGAAAUCUGUGCAGCAUUUUCAAAUUCAUUGGAAACGCCUUACUUAAUGGAGACAGUCUUGACCUAAAACGCCUGAUUAUAUUUAAUUUACAUUCUUUAAUGCUUUUUUUUGUCUCUCUGUAAAAAAGACUGAAAUAUUUUAUGUUUGAACAUAUCAUAUAGUCAAUGUUCAGCACAAAUGAUUAGAUUUUGUUUUUUUUAUUCUGAAAUGGUGCCAUCUAGUAUUUACCGCAAAUAAGGGAAUUCUUGAUACAUUAAAAUAAGUAGUGAAGGCCA